UCUUGUAAACAGCACUACUAGAGCGAGAAGCGCGGCGUCAGGUGUUCAAAGAGCAGGGUAUCAUCCACUGAUGGAAAUGUUUUACUCGUUAUGUGUAGUUUAAUGUCAUUUUUGCGAUUCAACACAGUAUUACAUUGGCAUUCAUAUUAUUUAACCUCUCCGCGCGCCUUUUACAUCGCUACAAAAUGCUUCAUCUGCUCGCAGGACUCAUAUGCAUCUAUGCACUGACGUGUGUAAAAGUUGUCUAUGGACAAAAUGAAAAAGGUGAGCGCUUUCUAUGUACUGCAGUCCCCAUUGACAAGGAUAGUUGCCCCGUGCAGUCUCUGCCUGUUCAAAGCGCAUCGGUCCGGGAGGAGGAACUGAGAAACACCGUCAUGCAACUUCGCGAGACCAUCCUACAACAGAAGGAGACAAUUGGCAAUCAGUUAGAAACGAUUAAAGAGCUGACGUCUAAGCUGUCACGCUGUGAGUCUGACUCCGAAACGUUUAGGAAAAUGAAUAAGGACACAAUGGACGAUGUACCUAAAGAUCCAAAUGACACCAUUGCCGUUCUUGGAAAAACCAUGCAGAGUCUGAAAGAUCGAUUGGAAAAUCUAGAGCAACAGCAAAUGCGAGCCAAUAUCUCUGGUGCCUCCUUUCCUAAUGAGCUGAGAAAUCUACUGCAGCGUAGACUGGAGGACUUGGAAAAUCAACUGCUCAUGAAGGUCAAUGAGCUUGAGGAAGAGAAGUCCCAGCUAUAUAAUGAGACAGUCGCUCAUCGCCAGCGCACUGACAGUACCCUCAACUCUCUCAUGAACAGGAUCUCUGAACUGGAGAAAGGAGGAGCUGGAUUUAAAUCACCAGAGAAUUUCAAGAUCUCUCUUCCUCUUCGCACAAAUUACCUUUUUGGACAAGUAAAGAAAAGCCUGCCAGAAAUGUACGCCUUCACUAUCUGCAUGUGGCUCAAGUCAGGUUUGAGCCCUGGCAUCGGAACCCCGUUUUCCUAUGGAGUGCCUGGACAGGCAAAUGAGAUUGUACUGAUCGAAUGGGGCCAUAACCCUAUAGAACUGCUCAUUAAUGACAAGGUGGCGCAGCUACCUCUAUCACUGAGUGAUGGGAGGUGGCACCAUGUCUGCAUCACUUGGACUACUAGGGAUGGGCUUUGGGAAGCCUACCAGGAUGGCCAAAGAUUGGCCUCAGGAGAAAAUCUGGCUCCCUGGCACCCUAUCAAGCCCGGAGGAGUCCUUAUCCUGGGCCAAGAGCAGGAUGUAGUAGGGGGGCGCUUUGAUGCCACCCAGGCCUUUGUGGGGGAACUGAGCCACUUUAACGUCUGGGAUCGGGUCCUGCGCUCCACGGAUAUCAUUGCCAUGUCAAACUGCUCAUCCUACAUACCUGGGAAUGUGGUGGCCUGGACCGACAGUAACAUCGAGGUGUUUGGUGGAGCAUCAAAGUGGCCACUGGAGCUAUGCGAAGAUCGGCUAUUUGACAAUUAAUAUUGUCAAAUAUUCUAUUAGUGAGCGAUAUUAAAUCCUCUUCAUCCUCAAAAAGUGUUCAUCACUUAAAAAGUAGCAAAUAGUUUAGAAAAAUCUACUUAAAUGAACUAUAUCAAUGAUAUAUUUAAAUAUUCCUGGAUAGAUUACAAAAUGCAGAUAAAUGGAACAUUUCCGUUGAUAUAUUCAGUUGACAUAUUUGUGGCUAAAGGAAAUUGCCAUUACUGUGUCAGAUGGUACUACCAUGGUACUCUGAAAAAUACCAUAUCACUGAAUGAUUAUCAUUUAUGUACAGUGUGUUUACAUAAUACUCCAUGGUAUAUUACCAUGUCACCUUUUUGAUGCACACAAAAGCACACAUCCGUAUGCGUAUCCUGUUAAAAUAUAGCUGCGUUCACGCCAUGUUGGAAUUACCAGAAUUAUGAGAUAUCUACUUGUAGAAAGCGUUCAUGUCCUUGUA